AUGUCGAACAAGCCGGUAAUCUGUUUUGAUAUAUCAAAAAAUGAAAGAUUUCAAAUAUUGGACAACUACAAAAUGCUGCACCGCAAGCUCAAGGUCAACUGGAAUGUGGAACAAAACGAUGCAGAACUCAGAAAGGAGCUGGCCCGGGUAAAAGUCUUUGUGCUGGCAGGACCCCAGGACCGCUUCACGGAGGACGUUGAGGUCCUCAAACAUUAUGUUGAGGUUCAAGGCGGCAGUUUGCUGGUCCUUCUUGGCGAAGGUGGGGAGGCGGAGUUCAACACCAAUGUGAACUUCUUUCUGGAGCAGUACGGGAUUUUCAUCAAUGGGGAUAAUGUUGCGACCUCAUACUACAAGAAUUUCCAUCCCAAAGAGUGCAUUGUGGGUGGCGGCGUUGUAUGCGAGUCCAUGUGGCGGCAUCUCCUCAAGCUGGAUAUCGAGAAAGUGGACUAUGAUUUUACCGAUGAGAAGUACAAGAUACAUUUCCAAUAUCCGUACGGCGCCACGUUGAACGUCUCGGAGCCAGCGAAUGUCCUUCUGACCACAGGCCCAGUGGUCUAUCCCUUCAAUCGUCCGUUGUGCGGUUACUAUACCAAUGGAAAGGGUGGAAAGAUCCUGGCUCUAGGUUCAGGCUACAUUUGGCACGAUAAAUAUCUUCAGGACAAGACCAACGACGCCAUUUGGGAGUAUAUGCUAAGGCUACUCGAUGGAGACGAGAUUAACUACACUCACUUGGACUUUAAUGAUGUGGAGCUCAGCGACAAUAAGCACUUUACGGAUCUGGCUUUUCUGGCCGAUAUGCCCAAGGCCUGUCUAAUAGACUCCAUUGGAUCGGAGAUGCCCACCGACUUCAAGCAAAUGUUCGACAUGAAUCUGUGUGCGCUGAGCAACAAUCUUCUAAAGGAUGUCAUUGAUGCUUAUGAGAAGUUGCACGUGAAGUACGAGCCACUGAGGAUCAUCAAGCCACAGUUUGAGAUCCCGCUACCGAAUCUCCAGCUGGCUACGUUUCCUCCAAUCUUUAGUGAGCCACCGGCUCCACCGCUGGAGCUGUACGACCUCGACGAGACCUUUAGCGGCGCCCGAUCUCAGCUGGCCCACAUGACGGGUCAGUGCCUGCAGGCACUCCAGUCCAAGGAGCCACAGCGGAGAGCUCUGAACCAGCGGGAGCUGGAGAACUACAUAAAGGAUGGCCAGAAUACGGCCAUUGUGGACGAGCGCAGGACAUGGCGCCCGGAGAUUCUCAACAUUGUGGCCCGCCAGAUUGUCAGCUACAGACCGUUUGCGGAGGACUAGGACGAUCCAAUUACCUGCUAAAACGACACAUUCCGCGCUACCGUUUU